CGGGCCCGUCCCCACCCAGCCCCACGCGCCCACAUCCCGGGCCUCUGGGUGGGGGUGGCCGCAGGCGGGGCGAGAGCGCAGACCAGCGCGAAGUUACAGCGCCGCACCCCUGCCGCGGGCUCCGCCCCGUGGGGGUUUCACUCCCGCCGUUGGCACCCGCUCGAGCCACUCCGGGGAUUGUGGCUGUGCGGCGCCGGGCGCAGCAUGGCGCGCCGGGCCGCCCUCGUGGUGCUGUUCUUCGGCCUUCUGGGCACUCUGACGACCGUCCGGGCUCAAGAUUUUGAUUUAUCGCAAGCCCUUGACGACGAUGACGUGAGACACACUCCAGCCCCCAAAAAGCCCGGCCUUGGCGAUGAUGACCUGAGUUUAGAAGAUGCUCUGGGUGGCGGAGGACACCAUGACCCCGUGACACCCGGUCCACCGAAGCCAAAACCUAACCCAAAACCUAACCCAAAGCCCAACCAGCCGGGAUCUGAUGGUGGAUUUUCAGAUGCCGAUCUCCUUGAUGGGAAUACAGCGGGAGGCGGUGGUGGAGGAAAUCCGAGGCACGAUGGAGAGGAACAGGCUGACUCCCCGGGGGUGGUCCCCGGCAUCAUUGGGGCUGUCGUGAUGGCCGUGGCUGGAGCAAUUUCUAGCUUUAUUGCCUACCAGAAGAAGAAGUUGUGCUUCAAACAAAACGCCGACCAAGCUGACAUCAACAUGGAAAACCAUCAAAACAUCAACGCGGAGCCGCCCGUUCAACGGACUCUUCUGGAGAAGUAGAGGACAUUGGCAGCAGGAACAGCCUGCCACUCCCAGCAGGACUAUAAGACUUGCCGGCCUGCCUCCAAAGAAUGCCUGCACAGGCAGAGCCCGCCCCGCCGGGACCAGCUCUGUCUUGUUCUGCCUUCGUGCCAGUUGGACUCUGCGUUUUCAUCCUGAGAUGUGGUUUGCUUGUUCUCGUGCCAGGUCGACGAUGUUGACUAACAAUGAGUUUUGCAUCCAGAGGGGUAAUUACACUCAUCUCUCUCCAAGCCAGGGCUGUAGGCGUUCCCAGGUGAUGUGAAACUCACACCAUCACAAAGUUCAAAUUUCAGAAACCUUGGGCCCUUCGCAAAUCACACGUCAAGUUCUCUAGCAUUGACAGUUUUACAAAGUGAGGUAAGCCUGCAAUUAGUUUCCUCAAAAUUCCUUCCGUCUGUUAGGAUAUUUUUACACCAGACUAAUAAAAAGAAAUUAGAAAGUAUGUAUUUUUUAGUUAGAUGUUUUGCUAUGGAAUGACUUUUAAAGAAGGAUCUGGAGACUGGUGGGACGUAUCCUGUGGUCCCUUUUCUGGGGCUGUAUGACAAGUGGUGAAUCUAAGUGCUUGCUUGUAAUUCUGAGGUUUUCAUGCUUUGACCCUGUCCUUUCACUUGUCUCGUCACCUUUGGGACAGGACUUGUCAGCAUUCAGCUACUCCCCUUUAUUCUCCCGUGGGGGUGAAGACCACAAAUUUGUUAACUUUUUGCACCAUUCUUUCCAACAUCUUUUAACUGCUGUCAUGUCAGAGCUCAAUGCAACGUAGGGGUGAAACUGCUCUGUGGCACAGAGUCCCCUUAACUAAUUUCUAACAGCUUGGAAUGAACUGAAA